AAUAUUUUUUAUUGUUCUCAGCUUUGUUGUCGUCUGCAGAAAUAAAUUUAGUUAAGUUUUUGACAUUCUUAAAGCUUAGUGAAUAUGUCUGGACGUGGCAAAGGUGGUAAAGUGAAGGGAAAGAGCAAGACUCGAUCUAGUCGUGCUGGACUUCAAUUUCCAGUGGGUCGUAUUCACAGAUUAUUACGUAAGGGUAAUUAUGCUGAACGUGUAGGUGCGGGAGCUCCGGUUUAUCUUGCUGCUGUCUUGGAAUAUCUCGCCGCCGAAGUGUUGGAGUUGGCCGGCAAUGCUGCUCGUGACAACAAAAAGACUCGUAUUAUUCCCCGUCAUCUUCAACUGGCCAUUCGAAACGAUGAAGAGUUAAAUAAGCUCUUGUCCGGCGUGACCAUCGCCCAAGGUGGUGUUCUGCCUAAUAUUCAGGCUGUUCUUUUACCUAAAAAGACAGAGAAGAAAGCCUAAAACUGUCUUCUAGCAUCCCCGCAUUUUUCGAAAUUCUCAUCUAAUCAUUCCAAAACCUCGCUGUGUUUUUAGUUUUGCGGACUUGUGGAUUUUAUUUUCUAUUUUCGAACAUUAUUUGUGAUUUGUAUAAGUGUAAGCUAGCUGUAAUAAAUUCAUUUCGUUUAA